CGCGAAACCUGACGGUCCCUCCAUGCCCGGGCGCGUGCUCGCGCUUGCUUGACCUGCAAUGCAAUGGCGAAGCGCGGGGUGGGCCGCAGCUAAAACAUGGCAGCAAUUGCCAGCGUUGGACGCAGAAGGCGCCUGCAGUCCACGUAAAACUCUUUGGUCCUAGCCAAAGCCCGUCUUGUGUGUCCUUUCUUCGAUCCUCUCCAAUGCGCUGCAGUGAGUGCAGCAAGGAGGGCGCCGCAUUGCGAUGCUCCCGCUGCAAACGCGUCUUCUAUUGCAGCAAGGCCUGUCAGCAAAGAGACUGGCCAACACACAAGCGAACCUGCAGUCCUGGGGCCCUGCCUGAAGCAGAGUCUGUUGUCAAUCAAGCGGGCACCACUGGCGGGGGAUCCCCUCAGAACUUGGAAGUGAGGCCAGUGGUGGUGAGGGAGAAGCGGGCGCCCAUAAGGGAAGACUUUCCAGAGGGGCUGAGGGAGUAUGUAUAUGAGAGGAGCGUUGAUGGGGUGGAGGAGAACCUGCUGAUCUUGUUGCAUGGGCUGGGGGACACGUGCAAGCCCUUCACCACCCUGGGAAAACGCAUGAAUCUGCCCCAGACAUCCAUCCUCGCUCUCUCGGGGCCUAUUCAAAUCCCCGAAACCGACGGCGGUCGCGCCUGGUUCACCUCUUUUGAUGAAAACUGGGAUCUCAUUGAGCCUUCCCCGAACGAGACUCAACGCUUGCACAGUUUACGAGUAACCCGCUCUAAACUAAGCCGGUUACUGGAUAACCUGGAAAGUCGGUGCGGUUGGAAUAGGGGCCAGAUACACUUGUUAGGCUUUUCUCAAGGGGGGCAAGUGGUACUCGACCUGGCGCUGAACUCGUGCGGUGCGAAUAAGCUCGGGGGAGUGGUCGCCCUGUCUGCAGCCGUUCUUCCAGAGGCGAUCAUACAAGCUUCGAAAAGCGAUGUGAAGCCGUGUCAAACGGCUUGUACGCCGGUCUUGGCUGUGCGGGGCACCGCCGACGACGUUCUCAGCAAAGCUGACUGGCAAAGGUCUAAUGACUACUACCGUUCUUGCCAUCCUGCGGCGGACGUACAGGCGACAGAAGUGCGCAAGGGCCAUCAGAUGGUGUCCAGCGAGGCGGAGAUGCGCAUUCUGAUGGAGUUCUGGGCGAAGACCCUGACCCGGCGGUCCGCCCUGGAACGAACAGAAGGUCUUGUAGAAGUCACGGGGACCAACGCCACGGAAACCCUAGAGUCGCUUAGAAAUAGGGGAAAACCGGAUCGUUUGAGAACGGAUAUCGUAACCUUGGCUGAUAGUCAUAUUUAACCCGCUGCGAGCUAUUUGGGCAUCCUCGGUAACGACUUCCAUCAGUCACGACUCGGUCGCUGACUUCAUCAGCAUGUGCUUCACGAGGGUUUCUGUAGCGGUGAAUGCGAGAGCAGCGUGUAGGCAGAGUAUACGCACGAAGCUAUGUGCAUGAUAGAGCAGUCUGGUUGCGAGCCACGUACAUAGUGCACAUACAGGCCGGGUCAAAGUAUGGCGGACGCGCACUUUCCGGUCGUUCCUUUCGUCCGCUCGUCCGCUCGUUCGUUCGUUCCGCGUUGACUUCCGUUCGAACCGGUGCGUAAAUCGUAAGAUUGUGGAAUC